UCGGAAUGACGGUGUCUGUGCGGAACUGGGCCUCCCGCCCUCCUGGUGCCGAAAGCGUGGCCGACCCGGCCCCCAAAGACGCGCGCUCCCCAAGUGCCAGUGCCGAGUCCAGGCCGGCCGAUCCCCCUGUGCGGUUCGUGCUCCCCGCGGCUGGGAAAGAGCCCCUCCGGGACCCAGGGCCCCCACCGAGCGGUCUCCCCAGGCGCCCUCCCUCGUGCGCCACGGACCUUUCUCUCUGCCUUCGGUUAUCCAAAAGUGGCGGAUAUUCUGAGCACGUGCUGUGCUUUGCCCUCAAAUUUUCGGGAGCAGCAAGAUACGCCAGUCACCUGGAAGGAGAGGUAAUAACACAGAUCAAAUGGAGCAAGGAAGCACUGCAGGAGCGAAGGGGCCGCCAGCCACCUGGCACCAACCGGAACUCGCAUGAGAUGCUUGGGCACUCGAGCAAAGCCGCACUGGAGCAUCUCCCUGAAGACUGUCCCAGGAGCCUUCAGAACAUAAGAAGAGCCGUGUGCGUGGGAGCCACUGGCCUUCCAUGGUGGCCAGCCGGCUCGCUCACGGGAUCCCGCAGCGCUGGCGUGUGCAGGCAAGCCAAACUGUCUCUGGUGCUCCCAGAUGAGGCUGCUGUCGUGCGAUUGGCCUGCCUCGUUUGGGAAAGUUACACUCAAGGAAACUAAGCACCCAUCGUGCAGAAUACACGUGAACACUCGGGUAUGUCCACACUUACUGUUCGAUCAGCGGCUUUGCGAGAAUCCCCAGCUUUGUAUUUUAUUUCAAGCGCAUCGUUCUGCAGGCUCAUAAAACUACAUAAUGAGCUGGACCAUUAAGUCCCAAAAGAAUGAGGAAUUUUGUGCCAGUUUUAGGACCACAUGCCAUCCACCGAAUCACUAUGGAAACACCAUGAAGUCCUCCAGGUCCUUCGCAGGACCUGGGACACAGGCACGGGGAACAGCAGUGCCGAGCACAGGUUCUAGAGCAGGCCCCACGGAGUUCUGCAGUGAGACGGCCGGUGAGGAGCUGCCCCCUCAGCCUCAGUGGAUCCAGAGCGCCCCCAUCCCCGGCGUGGCUUGGAGAACCCAGCCCUUCGCCCGGUCCCUGCUCCUCCCGAGCAGCAGUCUGAGUGUCCAAAGCAGAGAACUCCAGAUGGUGCCCAAGCGCUCCGCACACCUCCUCUCUCUGUGUGAGCCAUCAGCCUAUGAAUACAUGUUUUAAAAAUACUUUUCUUCUCGGGAAUCGGUGCCAUGGGGCUGGCUCGCUGCUCAUCCCCUGGGGGACGGAAUGGAGAUGCACGGCACGUGCUUUUCCUCUGCCGGUUCCGUUGCGCUCGCAGGAGAGGGACUUCUGUUCACCUUUCUAAAAAUAACACCAAAGCGCUCACGUCUGCAUCCGGACAGGCCAGGCGAUGCUCUCCUGUGAGCUCCGCUGAGCCAGAAUUGAGCGAUUUUGCCAAAAUUGCGCAGCCGAGGGCAUCUCAUCCUCCAGCUAUGGGUGCGAAGCAAUGGCAAUUAAGCAUGCACAGAGUUCUUCGCCUCCUGACUGGCAGCCUCCUCUGCCUCAGAACUCCUGCUCAGUGAUGCUGCGGGUGCAGGACAAGCUGCACUGCCUUGGUGAUGAAGAAGCACGCUUUGCACAUGAGCAGGAACUACUGCGCCUAGGCCGGCCCUCACAUACUGAAAACACAUUCCAGGACUGGGUUCUGCUCUCCGCUCAUGACCAGUUACCUCUUCCCCAGACACAGACCCAGACGUCGGGUCUACCGAGUUAGGGCGUGCAGGCUGAGGGACCAUUCAUGCUUCUGCGAUGCUACCUGUAAACCAGAUGUGUGAAUGUCGUUGCCUCCCUUUGUGGGUCGGGAGCUGCCCUUCCUGCCCACCCGAUCCCCUCGUACCACACAAUCUCUCCUCUCCAGGGCAAUGGAAGUGUGACGCCACCCUGCCUUUCUGGAGUGCUCAGGCUGAACGCUGGAGAAAACCUCCAACCGCAGCGGUUGCUGAGCUUUCCGCCUGGGCAUGCCAUUCCGGCCCGUGCCAGAACACGGUCUCCCCAGCCGCCCGUUCGCUUCACGGCCCUGUUCCCACAAGUUCAGUCCAUCGCCUGCCGCACUGGAGCUAACGGGGUGCCUGCAGGCUUUCUUCGUCUCGCCUCUGCUGGAAAGCCACCACUCUGCCAAUGCAGGAGGGAUCGGAUCGGCGAACGCGGUCGGGGGGGUGCAGCUUGUGGGUGUGCCUGGCCGGUCCGUCUCCCGGAUCUCCUGCUGGGAAUCAGCCCGAUCACAUGCAGACGACUCCUGGCUGGGCCUGAUCGCUGAGAUUUCCUUGCGACAGCACCAUGAGCAGCCUCCAUUUUCCCCCCGGCAAACACAGAAGAUCUGUCAGAGUGAAUUAUUUUCAAAGCAUGCACAGAUCAUGAGUUCUGCCUGUACGUUAAACAUCCUCUAACAUGAACAAUGACUUGGAGCGCUUGCCUGAUCCCGCCUCUCCCCGAAACCUGAUGCUGUCCACCACCCACAAUCAGAAUCUAAAGCAAAUGCCCUCUUUUCGUGGCUCAGCCUUUCCAGCAGGACAAAUCUCUGGACUUCUGCAUUUUGCAAGAGUAUCUGAGCUGCUUGCUCUCUAUUAACUUGUGCCAAAUAGAAGCAGGAUCGCUGGUACCGAGGUGCGCCGUGUCUCCACAGUGAUGCUUUUCACAAAUGUAAGCAUUGGUAUGGAAGCAGAACCUUUCUGGUUGGAUUAAUUCCUUAAAUAAAGAAUUCUGAAAUGGGUGUGUGUGGGCAGUGCUAAAUAUCUAUCAAGAGUGCUCUGUAAACAGCUAUGCUCAUCAGGAACCAUCUUGGUAUUUAUGAUAAUAUUUGUGUCCCGACUUUUCAUUAACGUGGCACCUUUCACAGCUGGGGCUAAGAAAGGUGGCUAAGAAUGUUGGUUUAAAACAACAAAAUCACAGGCACAAUAUCAGUUAAGACUAGAAUGCAGCAUCUGGCAAACAUCCUGUUGGGUCUAAACACGUCUUUGCUUUUGGAACUCAGACCCUCUCCUUGGUCAGUGCUUCUGAACAUCGUGUGCCUCCUGACCUUGCGGAACGGAUUGCAUAGCCGCUGUUUUCCGAUCGCACACGCCUCUGGCCGGAGUCUCUGACCGCACAUUCCACCUCGCCCACCAGUCCCCUCUUCCUUGGCAUUGCGUAUUGGCAACGGUUGGAAGGCCAGCAGGGUGGACAGCAAGAACGAUCAAUAGCGUUCCGUAUGCUCUUGAACAACCAGUGUGUCCAACAUGAGUCCAACUUGGCUCCCAGUCAUUUCAAUAGGUCCACUUUAAGUAGAACUAACACCAGACCAACCCAAUGUUCCAAAAUUUAUGCUUCCUGGACAUGCUGUUGAGGUUGUAACCCACCAUAUAUAUAUAUAUAAUUUCUCUGGGACACACAAUAGGGCUGCCAGCUGAUGGAUUCAUUUAAAUACAUGCUAAGAUUGAAGACAUAAACACAAGAUUGUGCAAUGUUUUCACAUACUGAUUUUCUACCUGAAAUGGGAGUUUAUUCGCAGCCACAAAGUGGGCCUAGGAAAAGGCUUCGCUUCCCCGGUCUUUACCCACAAUAGGGUGGCUGGCUUGAGCCCACGUGCAGCCCCAGAGAUCCGCAGUCCCUAGAGGGCAAGACGGAGUUUGCUCAUCGAUUCGCCCAGUCCUUUCCCGGUCCUGUCCAAUGCCAGAAAUUCUCUUGCCCAUUUGCAAGUCGAAGUUAAAUCCACACUUCGGUGGCGUUCUGCAGCUGCCUGGAGCUGUUUUUAAUGUCUUUCUUGAAAGUAGACAGAUGGUGAUAUUUGAUUUCCCGUCAGUUUUAAUGAAUACAGAUAAAAGCAAUAAAGAACACUUGCUUUGUUUAGCAAACUUUAUUUUGUGGCUUUUAAUUAAUGAAGUGCUUACUGUUUUGUUGCCGCUUUGUGUAUGGCGUGGUUGCAUCCUCUUCCCAAAACCUCAUGUUUGAUCGUGAGGAAUUACAUAAGACCUUGUUUCAUGCAAAGCCAAGCUGUGCACUGUUCCACAGAUUGUUCCAGUUUGCUCUCAUCUGAUGCUGGCUGGGGCUUGUGCCAGCUUGUGGGGCUAGCAUCAAAUGUGGGGGUCAUUUUGCCCCCCGUCGCCCCGGCCCUGGCAGAGUCAGCCCCGAACACACAUUCCUUCUGCUGUGCCCAGAUGCAGCCGUGGGGCAUGGGAAGCGCCUGGACCCACACGGUCCCAGCCCAAGCCUCUUCCCCUUUUGCACGCAGGGCGCCCUUUGAGAGACAAAGUGGCCCUGUAGCGCUUCCCCAACAAAACCAGUGUGGUGUUGCGGUUAAGAG